AGACACAACUUCCCAUGAUCAUUUUUUUCUUUCCCCUGUUUCCCGUUACGUUUUCACGCAACAGAGAGGGUCACUGGCUACACAAAGCCUUCACAAGCGGAGAAGGCUGUUAGAGGAAUUGGUGCUACUGUAAAACUUGGCAUUUGAACAGACGUUUUAGACUGCAGACGUCCAGUUUGGAUUUAAUUUGUAAUCAUCCGUCCAGACAAACGAACAGACACCCAGGCGGACAGCGAUCAUUGAUCCAUUUGUGGAGCCCUCGAUUACUGUCCAUGUGUCCAUGAACUUAACAGCACCAUGGAAGAGUGAUGAAGAAAAAAUGAUGAAGAUAAACCUGUGGCUGUGAGCAGUGUGAAUGUGAAUGCGAAGAAGCAGUAGUUUGACUGGAACUUGUAUUUCAUGAUGAAUUUUGAGCGUUUCACAUCGUGGAUUGUUCUUGUGACACUAGCCGGUGCAAUCUACGAUGGAGCGGAGUCGAGAUCUCGGUACAAACACAAAGACGAGAGCAAAGCCAGACUUUCGUAUCGUAGGGUACGGAAACAGCAUAAUCCAAAAAGUGUGAAACCAAACAUUAUUGUGGUGAUGACGGAUGACCAAGAUGAAAUAUUAGGAUCUGUUAACACCAUGACAAAAAUGUUACGAAUCCUGGGUGAUAACGGGGCUCGCUGCGUCAACUCGUUUGUGACGACGCCCAUGUGCUGUCCGUCCCGAAGCUCCUUCCUGACCGGCAUGUACCCUCAUAACCACAAUGUCUACACCAACAACCUCAACUGCUCCUCUAUCCUCUGGCAACACCACGAGACAAAGAACUUUGCUACUUACCUCAGCAAUGUGGGCUACAGAACAGGCUACUUUGGUAAAUAUUUAAACGAGUAUAAUGGGAGCUAUAUACCACCCGGCUGGCGAGAAUGGGUGGGACUGGUCAAAAAUUCACGAUUUUAUAAUUAUACGAUAAACUUUAACGGUAAAACCAUCAAACAUUACGACAAUUAUUACAAGGACUACUUCACCGAUCUGAUAGCGAAUGACAGCGUGACAUUCCUCAAGCAGAGUAAGCAGUACUUCCCGAACAGACCAGUUAUGAUGGUUCUGAGUGUACCGGCCCCCCAUGGACCAGAAGAUGCAGCCCCGCAGUACCAGCAUAUGUUUUUUAAUAACACAGACCAUAGAACUCCGAGCUGGAAUUACGCCCCCAAUGAUGACAAGCAGUGGUUACUGAAACUCACGGGCAAAAUGGAGCCAAUCCAUCAGAAAUUUACAGAUGUUUUACAACAGAAACGGCUACAGACCCUACAGUCGGUGGAUGACCUGGUGGAAAAGAUUCACAGAGAGCUGAAAAGCCUGGGAGAGCUAGACAACAGUUACAUUAUGUUCACCUCCGACCAUGGCUAUCACUUGGGCCAGUUUGGACUGGUCAAGGGGAAGGCUAUGCCCUAUGACUUUGAUGUCAGGGUGCCACUGUUCAUCCGCGGGCCUGGUGUACCCCCAGGGACUAAAUUGAAAAACCUGGUUGCCAAUAUUGACCUGGCUCCGACGAUUUUGGACAUGGCUGGGGUGGAAAUCCCUGACCACAUGGACGGAAAGUCCAUCCUCAAACUAUUGACCAAACCAGAAGCCCCCAGAAAUGGGUUCAAGCUGAAUCGUUUUAAGAAGGGCUGGAGAGACAGUGUCCUUUUGACCAGAGGGAAAGUCACAAGAAAGAAGCUGUUGGGUAUCAUUAAAGCGGAAAAGAGGCGAAUUUUCAGUAGACUGUCAGAGUUUGAUGUUGAGAAUUCCAACCUUCAGAAUAUUUUGUCCCCGCGAGAGUUUAAGCUGGUGAAGAUGUGUCAACAAGAUCAGUAUCGUCCGCCGUGUAAGCCACUCCAGGAAUUCGAGUGUAGGACGUUAGAGUCAGGAGAUUUGCACCUGUCCAGGUGUGGUGAGAGUACAGAGAACAGGAAGUUGAGAAUCCAGAGUGACACCUGUAUUUGCCCUGAGUUCAGCAACAUGACGGAGCCACUUGACGGCCCAGGCAUUCUCCACAACUCAGAUAUUCGUGCUAAUUUAAUUCGGAAAAGGCGGUCGCUGAUACAUCACAAUUUCAACUCUGCCCAGAUUCCGUUCCGUGAAACCCGUCUCACAGCGCCCCCUGUAGGACUAGAGGGUUACAUGGAAAAAUGUAGAGUUUUGCCAAACAACAGUGUACAGUGUGAGCGGGAGCUGUACAGAAGUGUGGUAGCCUGGAAGGACCAUAAAGACAGAGUGGAUGAGAUGAUACAGUUUUACAAACAGAAGCUUGAGAAUCUCAAGGGAAUUCGGAAACAUUUGAAGAAAAAACGUCCGGCAAAAGAAUUUUCAGUCCACCAUCUGGAUGAUAUGUUGGACGAGCCAACCAGGGAGAUGGCAUUGACCAAUCAGAAUGAAGAUGGAGAAUGCCAGUGUUUCAAGAGGGAAGGGGAAGAUGAGGAAUUUGAGGAGCACGAGGUCGAGUACGGCGUUCCUGGGGUAGAUGAUGAUUUUGAAGAUGGAGAAGACGAAGAGGAAGACGAGGUUGAUAUUUUUGGAGAAGAUGGCAUGGAAACUUUCAACCGACGUAAAAACUCAAGGAAUCGAAAAGACAAAUUCAGGCGCAGGAGACGAAAGUUGAAGAAGAAGGUCCAUGGUUGUCAGUCAUCUUAUAUGAACUGUUUUACACAUGACGACAAGCACUGGAAGACACCACCAUACUGGAACGAUGGCCCAUUCUGUUUUUGCCCUAACUCUGGUAACUGUACCUAUUGGUGUAUAAGGACCAUCAAUGAGACCCACAACUUCCUCUACUGUGAAUUCAUUACCAAAUUCAUCAGCUUUUACAACAUGACCGAAGACCCUCAUCAGCUGCGGAACGCCGUCCAUGAUCUGAACUACGGAGUUUUACAACAACUUCACGAACAGCUAAAUGAACUGCGAGUGUGUAAGGGAGCGAAACAAUGCAGUCAUCGAAGCAGGGAGAAAAAUGGUAAAGGAAAGCACCAUAGGCACCACAAUCGACAUGAGAAAGGAAGUCUUCAUGGACGGUCAUUUUCAAGAUCAGAGUACAAUGGACGAUGGCAUCGCUCUGACUCAGGAAUAUGGUCUGAAAGCUUCUCAGACCACAAAAGAGCUCUUCGGAACUUUGGGAGAUAAUUCUUACAGUGAUCGUCUAGUGAUAUUAGUAACAAGCUACUUUCACUGUGUUGUUCGACAUGAACUCUGUGUUGUGUGAACAGCUGCCGAACAUGGGUCUGUGUUCACGAUAUCGUUACUGAAUCUUGAACAAGCUUGGAUUCCACCGAUUUGUCUCGCCCAUCAAGAAGUGCAUUUUUAAUUCAGUUAAAUUUUGCUUUUUAAUUCUUUUCUUUUUUUUUUCUCUAGGUGGGGCUGUUUUUACAGACACAAAGCAUUGCAGACUUUUGUUAGCUUCAUAUUUGUUAAAUGAACAAAUAAUUGUUAUUUGUGAUGAAUUAUUAAAUGUGGACAGAAUUUUGUUUUCAUGGCAUAAUAUUUUACUUGAGACACAAAGAACAAGAGAGCCAAGAAGUCAUUUGCAUAUUUAUAAAUUCUGAAAGACUUGAUGUUUAAUUGUUUGAAAUUUUAAUAUUGUGAAACAUUCAUGAUUUCGUUUUU